GAUGAGCGCCUCUGUUCAGAGGUGUGGAACAAUGGAGCUUCAACUCAGCAGUCUGGUACUUGUGUAUCUGUGUGCCAGCUUAUCUUCGAGUAAGUAGAUAUACACUUUAUUUUGUAUUUUAUUAUUAUUUCGUCUAAUUUGUAAUAUGAAAAGAAUAACUUGGAAAGCUGAUAGUUUUAGGGAGCCAUGUAUGAACAGGAAGAAGAGGUCAGAUGAUAUAGAGGGAGGAAAGUAAUUUGAUUUUGCAUGAAAACUUCAAACUGCGUAAAAGUCCCACAAGUAUUUUCAGACUUAAGCGGCUUUUAUUGUUUUAUUUUGCUUUAAUAUGUGGCAUUUGACUUUUGAAUGUUUUCACAGCCUUUACCUCUUAUCUAUUAUCUCUCCUUUGUCUUCGUUGGUCUUUCCACUCUCACUUCACGCUGCAUGGGUGCUUCAUCUCAUUUCCUCUUUUAUAUAUUCUUAUUCGAUGUUUAACUUUUAUCAUGUUUAGUUUUAAAGUUAGGAUGCUUGGCAAAUAGGAAAAAAAGCUUGUUUUGUGUGUUUGUGUUUGAGCAGAUAUAGUAGUGAAAGGUUGCAGCAUUUUCAUCCAUAUUCAACCAAAGAAAUGUAGAUUUCAAAAAGAUAAGUGUGAACAUGUUUUAACUUAAUAUUUAUUCAUAAAGCAAAUGUUCACAACAAAUGUUAUAUCAAAAGGUGCUUCACAAAAAAAAUGCUAUAAAACUUACUUUCAGUUAUAUUAAUAAAGACCCAACAUCAUAAAAGGAUAAGAUUAAAAGUCUCAGCUGGUAAAAUAUUUAACUAUAGAAAAAGAAACUUAAAGAAAAGGCUCAGAGUAUUCUCUGUUAAAGAGUUAGAAUGCCUCUACUUUAAUGCCAUGGUCACAUCGACCUUAAAAACAAACCUCAUAGAGUUUCAGCCUCAAACUCUCAUCAGGAAGUUUGACUUCACUUUGAAAGUAAAAACAUUUUUGCUGUUCAAAAGAGCGAGCUCUGGACCUUUUAUUCUGGGGUUACAUAAAGAUUAUAUGACCAUACAUGUUGAUGAUAUAAUACUUAUGUUUAAGUGUAUCUAAAUGCAUGAUUUAAUGAUAUUUGUUGUGAUUUUCAUGAUUUUUUUUCAUGAGCCUGAAGCUCAUAAAAAUUUGCAUCAGCGAGGCAUAAAGGUGAUGAGGGUGUAGCUCUGCUGAGGUGUUACUGAAGAGCAGCUUGCUUUGACGGCUUUCUGCUUUGUUUGGUCAGGGGUUCCUCUUGACAACUGUCCCACAGAUGAAUCCUUCAAAGGGUUAAGGACAAUUCAGUUUGUUUGCCAGUCAAGCACAGUAACAUCAUGGCCUGCAAUCCAUUUGGUAGUUUUGGCAUGACUGGCAGGUGCAGGUCCCACUAGAAAAAGAAAUCUUUAUCUCCUCUGUCAACCUUUCAUUAAAAUGCUUCGAUACAGCACUCAAUCAUCUCUUGUAGCAUACACUCCCUAUGGAAGGUGCCCAAUGAUAGUCUUCUUAAUAAGUGAUUGUGGCUGCAUGAUCUGAAGCACACUAAGAGACAUUUAUUCUAUUUAAACAGUGAUUUACUCAAACUGAAAGACAUAUUUUUUUAUUCUUUUUGCGCUAUUGACCAUAAUUAUCAGAAUAAAAUAAUAAAAUACUCGAAACAUUUGAGUUUACAUGAAAUGAGUGUGAAUUAUGUGAAGGUAAGAUUUCAUGAAUUUUCAUUUAGUCUGCCCCAGAUAAACUUAGCCAGAAUUAAACUACAGUUCUAAAAUCAUGGUUUUAUCUGUGUCUCUAAGGUGUUUUACCCAGGCUCCUUACUGUGAUCCAGACUCCUCAUGUCUCCGUCAUCGAGGGUGACAGAGUGAACAUCACCUGCUGCUGGACAGGGGAGUUUGAAAGAGGGUCGCUGAACUGGAUGAAAAAUGGGACCAAAUUUAAGUGGGACAUUAUUUUGCCAGGGAUUUCCUCCCGCUGCUCUUACUUGGUCUUUCCAAGUAUCACAAAAGCCCACUCAGGAAGAUACAUCUGCAUGUUGUCUGUGGACAUACCAGAUUAUUACAAGACUGAAGGAAAUGGGACUGUGAUCAGUGUAACUCCCAAUAAGAAUAAAUUAGACCACACAGAGGACGACACAGAUCAGACUACAGCUGAUGGUAGGUGACUGAGGACAAAAAUCACUUCAGAGAGGCUGAGUCUCUUAGAAGUGAAGGUCAGAAGAGGUCCACCACUCUGUGAGAAAGGUUUGAGCAAUGUUACAACAGCAUGGCUCUGUCGUCGAAGUGCUGACUCAGUCUUUGCUGUUUUCUCUGUGAUCAAGUUCCAGACUCUUCCAGUGAGAUUGUGCAGAGUAAUCUCCUGAGGUGUCUGCCCCUCUUGGCUCUCAUCAUAUCCUUCGCCUGCCUCUACAGACUGGGAACCAAAGCCAAGCAGGAGGUAUUUGGUACGAGAACCAGAGGUGGGUUUGUCCUAAACACACACUUUUUAACCCUGCUUGCACAACACUGACAGCCCUCCACUGACUAUUGCACUGAAGACAUAUUCACCUGCUACUAUACUGUUAUUAUUCUACCUGAUAAGAAAUGACUCCAGCAUGUUAAAAGCUGCAAAUAUUACAUUAAGUCAGUGGUUCUCAAGUCCAGUCCUCAAGGCCCACUGUCCUGCAUGUUUUGGAUGUUUCCCUGCUCUAACACACCUGAUUCAAAUGAUCAGCUCGUUAUCAAGCUCUGUCAUGGCUUAAUAACGAGCUAAUCAUUUAAAUCAGGUGUGUCAGAGCAGGGAAACAUCCAAAACAUGCAGGACAGUGGGCCUCGAGGACUGGACUUGAGAACCACUGCAUUAAGUAAACACCUGCAGUGGUAUGUCCAGCAGCCCCCUCUGGUGGCCCACAGGCCCCUUGUGCCAAAACACCACCACUGUCAGUAAUUUUGACUCGACUUUAAAAUGAAAAUAUGAUGACUAGGUGAUGUUAAAGGUCACAAAUAAAUCAGUUGUUUCAUGUUCCAGGUGCUCCUGAGGAUACACCCUCUUCAGCCCCAAGACCAGAGGAAGAGGAGGGAUGAGGAGAGAGAAAAAAACAAACAGAUUGUGAUGAGAAAGGAGAAAAUACAAGCAAAAUAUAAACUAAUAAGGGCGUAUUAUUAGGGAUGUGAUGAUUUUUACUUAUGAAGUGCUCAUUUUAAAGAUGCAAACUACAAUAAAACCCUUUUUGAAGCUUG